GCGUGUCUGAGUGUUGGUGUUCAGCAGAGUCACGUGGCAUCCUUGCCACCCGAACUGUGCUGCUCUGAGAGUGUGAUGUGGGGCUGGAGCUAAGAGGCUGCGGAGAGAGGAGGGCUGAGGGAAAAACCUGAGUUGAGAGGCUCGGACUGGAGACAAAAGUACCCAGUGCUGGGUCAGUCUUCAUUCCGGGCUUUGUCACAGCAGCCCCAACAAUACAUAAGACAAGAGGUAAAGGGAAUCUCCUGCCCCACUGGGCAAACCGGCGUGGCUGGAGUGGGUAUGGGCAGCUGAGUGUGUAUUGAUGCUUGUCUCAUCGGAGGCAAGGGGACAGAGUGCAGAGUUGUGCCUCAGACUUCUCUAACCUUUACUUUUUUUUUUUUUGGAAAAGACAUAGAUAUCUUAGAGCUAGAGAAGCUCUCUCUUGCCCUCCCCUCCCCAUUUCAUUGGAACCUAGAGUCUUCUGUCAGUUUCACUUGGAGAUUAUUUUUCUUGAAGCUGGAGGAAGUUCCCAAGCCUGAGGAAGAAGGCUUUCUUUUGGUACAGCUUCUAUACUGUUCGUAAUGGUGUAUGUGUGUAUAUUAGAGAAAGACUAUAGAUAAACUCGUUCUCAACGCUGCUCUCAGAACCUUAAGGGCGGGGGAGGACUGGGAACCGAGAAAAGGAGGAUCUCCGCGCAACCUGGAGAGUGGGGGUGGGAUUUCGGAGUCUAAGUGAAUGCGUACGGGGCAAUCCAGUAAAUCCCUCCUUGCAACAUGUUUCUCAAUGUAUAAAUAGUGCAACAAUACACAGACUGGGGGAGGGGGAGAAUCCAAGAAGCUAGAGGCUCAUCUGCAGAGAAGAGAAAGUGCGUGUUCUCCUAAAUCUCCCAGAUCUUUCUCCCAGACCUAGGAGCCUCGGUUGCUGCCGCCGCCACUACCGACUUGGCAGGCUUUAGGACUUUCUGAGACUUAAAUGGAAAUUUCUUGACGUGAGAAACCUGGGUUCUGGUGACCAGGAGCUCUUAUCUUCGUUGUCAUUGCCAGAGGUUCUUCAUCUCCGACGGGACCACUUUGGAGUUUUCCUCCCCCGCCCAGGCUGAGAUGGAUGGAUAGUUUCUUGCCCGGCUAUGUGGUCUUCUUUUUGGCUACAAAGUAACAACUGUGCCAGGGCUUAGAGAAACAGCGCAGGGGAGAUGCCCGGUGGAUGCGCGCUCUGCACCGCGCUUGGUUUUGCAUAGCUUCCUGUCUUUCUUUUUGUAAAGCGAAAUAACUAGGGGCGGAGGGCGGCGGGGAGCUAGCUCUAUGGGCUUCGCGGGGAACCCCACACUUGGACAGCAGCCCUUCUCGCAUCAGCCCUUCCUUUAUUUCUCACCAGUCGCUCCAGGUCUGUGCUCAGUACCUGAGUAGGCUGGCCUGGGGUAGGGCAGGGCAGGGCUUUUCACGCUCAAGCCUAUAUCCUAAGGAUGGACAUACCCGACUGCGCUGCGUAGCCAGCAGAGGCACGUCGAGCACACGGACCUUUACUGUUGCCUAGUUCCCUAGCUUUGAGGCACAGAGAGGCUGAGGGAGGCAGAAGACCUUCCCCAUCAGCCUCCUGUUUGUUUGGUCCUGCCUCUGUCUCUUCUGAGAGCACCCACCCAAAUCAAUCGAAGGAGCACACCGUUGGGUACGGGGUCAGCCUCCACAGUCGAGUACUUGGCUCAAGACCCAAUCUGGGAUAACUGGUGGGGACGCUACCGGGGUCAGUGUACUCGCCCGCUCGUCUGUGCGUGCCAGUUCCUGCAUUUCGGGAGCCCUGGGUUUCUUCUCUCCCUCUCUGGAGGCAGUUAGGGGAGGCGACAGGAUUAUGAAAGAAAAGAAAAAAGCCCCAAAUCCUCAAGAGCCCUCAAAGUGACAGGCACAAAGACCAGGUCCACACUGAUCGUGUGUGGCCCCCCAGACCUGGGAGCGAUUGACACUUUCUUCCUCUUCCUCCUUGGCUCGCCCUCCCUCCCCACCCCCUGACCCUAGGAGGUUUGUUGGCUGGCUGCUUCCCCGCCCCCAGGCCGCGGCGGUCGGGCAGGCGGGCAGCCGGGGGCUCCAUCCACGCCGUCCCGCUCGCAUGAGACCGUUUCCCCCGCCACAGGCGCCCCCCUCCCCGCGCCCGUGGUGAUGCCAUGCCCCGCAACCACGGGGGAGGAGAUGAGGGCGGCUCCGCCGGGCUCUGGCUGAAGAGCAGCGCGGCAGCGGGCGGGGGGCGCCUGGCUACGGGUAUGAAGGAUGUGGAGGCGGGCCGGGGCCGCGUGCUCCUGAACUCGGCUGCCCGCGGGGACGGCUUGCUGCUGUUGGGCACCAGCGCCGGCGCGCUCGGCGGCGGCGGCGGUGGCGGCUUUAGGGAGAACCGCCGGGCGAAGCACGGAGCCCGGAUGAGCCUGCUGGGGAAGCCGCUGGCUUACAACAGUAGCCAGAGCUGCCGGAGGAACGUCAAGUAUCGGCGGCUGCAGAAUUAUCUGUACAACGUACUGGAGAGACCCCGAGGGUGGGCGUUCAUCUACCACGCGUUCGUCUUUCUCCUUGUCUUUGGUUGCUUGAUUUUGUCAGUGUUUUCUACCAUCCCCGAGCACACAAAAUUGGCUUCUAGUUGCCUCCUGAUUCUGGAGUUUGUGAUGAUUGUCGUCUUUGGUUUGGAGUUCAUCAUCCGUAUCUGGUCAGCUGGCUGCUGCUGUCGCUACAGAGGAUGGCAAGGAAGACUGCGAUUUGCCAGAAAACCAUUCUGUGUUAUAGAUACCAUUGUUCUCAUCGCUUCAAUAGCAGUUGUUUCUGCAAAAACUCAGGGUAAUAUUUUUGCAACAUCCGCACUCAGAAGUCUUCGUUUCCUACAGAUCCUCCGCAUGGUGCGUAUGGACCGAAGAGGAGGAACUUGGAAAUUAUUAGGUUCAGUUGUCUAUGCUCACAGCAAGGAAUUAAUCACAGCUUGGUACAUAGGAUUUUUGGUUCUUAUUUUUUCAUCUUUCCUUGUCUACCUGGUGGAAAAGGAUGCAAAUAAACAGUUUUCUACUUAUGCAGAUGCUCUCUGGUGGGGCACAAUCACAUUGACAACGAUUGGCUACGGAGAUAAAACUCCCCUAACUUGGCUCGGAAGAUUGCUUUCUGCAGGGUUUGCCCUCCUUGGCAUUUCUUUCUUUGCGCUACCCGCUGGUAUUCUUGGCUCAGGGUUUGCAUUAAAAGUGCAGGAACAGCACCGCCAGAAACACUUUGAGAAAAGAAGGAAUCCAGCUGCCAGCCUAAUUCAGUGUGUAUGGCGUAGUUAUGCAGCUGAUGAGAAAUCAGUUUCCAUUGCUACCUGGAAGCCUCAUUUGAAGGCCUUACAUACCUGCAGUCCUACCAAGAAAGACCAAGGGGAAACAUCCAGCAGCCAGAAGCUAAGUUUUAAAGAACGGGUCCGGAUGGCUAGCCCAAGAGGUCAGAGUAUCAAAAGCAGACAAGCCUCAGUGGGAGACCGGCGAUCGCCAAGCACAGACAUCACAGCCGAGAGCAGUCCAACCAAAGUGCAGAAAAGCUGGAGUUUCAAUGAUCGAACUCGCUUUCGACCUUCCCUACGUCUCAAAAGUUCUCAGCCAAAGCCAGUAAUAGAUGCUGACACUGCUCUUGGAACAGAUGAUGUGUAUGAUGAGAAAGGAUGUCAAUGUGAUGUUUCAGUAGAAGACCUCACACCACCACUGAAAACUGUCAUUAGGGCCAUCAGAAUUAUGAAGUUUCAUGUUGCAAAAAGGAAGUUUAAAGAGACAUUGCGUCCCUAUGAUGUGAAAGAUGUCAUUGAACAGUACUCUGCGGGACAUCUGGAUAUGCUUUGUAGAAUCAAGAGUCUUCAAACACGUGUCGAUCAAAUUCUUGGAAAAGGGCAAAUCACAUCAGAUAAGAAGAGCCGAGAGAAAAACACUGCAGAGCUGGAAACAGCAGAUGACCUCAGCAUGCUAGGCCGUGUGGUCAAGGUUGAGAAACAGGUACAGUCUAUAGAAUCAAAACUGGACUGCCUACUAGACAUAUAUCAACAGGUCCUAAGGAAAGGCUCUGCAUCAGCCCUGACUUUGGCUUCAUUUCAAAUUCCACCUUUUGAAUGUGAACAAACAUCCGAUUAUCAAAGUCCUGUGGACAGCAAAGAUCUGCCCAGUUCCGCACAAACUAGUGGCUGUUUGUCCAGGUCAGCCAGUGCCAACAUCUCCCGAGGCCUGCAGUUUAUACUUACACCAAAUGAGUUCAGCACUCAGACUUUUUAUGCUCUCAGCCCAACUAUGCAUAGCCAAGCAACACCGGUGCCAAUGAGUCAAAGUGAUGGACCGGCAAUGGUGGUCACCAACAACAUCACAAACCAAAUACACCAGGUGACCAAGCCGGUGGCCCCGACCACCUUACAAAUUCCCCCCCUCCCAGCCAUCAAACAUAUCCCCAAACCUGAGCCCAUACAAAUUAGCCCUGCUACCAUGCAGGAGAGUAUCUCUGAUGUCACUGCCUGCUUCGUUGCCUCAAAGGAAAGCGUUCCAUCUAUCCAGUCCAACCCAACUAAGGAUCGUUCCCUGAGAAAAAGCUUUGACAUGGGAGGAGAGACCCUGCUGUCUGUUCGCCCUUCAGUGCAGAAGGAUUUGGGCAAAUCAUUAUCUGUACAAAACCUAAUCAGAUCAACAGAGGAACUGAAUGUGCAGCUUUCAGGUAGUGACUCGGGGGGCUCCAGAGGCAGCCAAGAGUUUUAUCCCAAAUGGAGAGAGUCCACUUUAUUUAUAACUGAUGAAGAAGUGGGCCUAGAAGAGACAGAAACUGAGACUUUGGAUAGCAUUUCUCAGCCUGCCAAGGAAACAGCUUUCCCUUCUGACUCUCUAAGGACUGGAAUGUCAAGAUCAUCUCAAAGCAUUUGUAAGGCAGGGGAAAGUUCAGAUGUACUCAGCUUGCCUCAAGUCAAACUUAAAUAAUUUCUUGAUUUUCUUUCUAGGCUUAGCACUUCCUUUAGUCAUACAUAUCAUUGCAUGAACUAUUUUGAAAGCCCUCUUUAAAAGAUAAAGUAAUGAGAAUCAGGAAGAAUAAGAAAGGCAGUUUAAGAGCCCAUUAUCUUCUAAUUGCAUGAAAAUGCAUGUUUCAGAGAUGGCUGAAAUUCCAAGGUACACCUACAUUAACCCAUUCAUUUAAUAAUAAGGUACCAGAGGUUAAAAUCCUGAAGAAAAAAAAAUCUUACACAACUAAUGCUAUGGGCUAGAUGAAAAAAGGCAAAAAUUUGAGCAUUUAUGAAAAUUAAUAUUGUAUUUUGAAAGUAUGGAAGUAAACAUCUUCAAAUUUAAGGCACUUUUGCUUCAUGGUUAAAUACAAAAAUGUUAUUUUCAAAACUGGGCCAUUGUGUAUGUUUAUAACCCAAAAGCCUAUCUCCAGCUGCUGGCAAAGUAUCAAGAAAAGUAUAUGUGGGAAUAUUAGAAAUGGCUACCAUCACAAGAUAGACAUGUUAGGUCAUUCCUAGGCCAUCAUUUAUCCCUUAAUGUAGUUUAGUAUGUUGAUUUCUGUAAUUUUGGGGUGACAGAGUUGGGGUAAAUGAGUGUACACACCACUUUCAAGUUGUUCUUUGCACUAAGAACAUUCUUUUUCUAUGAAAUGUGCAAAUGAAAAGAUUCAGGGUCAGUGGGAAAAGCAAACAAACUGGCCCAGUAUUGGGGGAUAUUAGGUUUAGAGAAAGCUCUUCCUUGAUAAUUGAAUCAACUGUGACCAACCAAAUUGGUUGAUUCCAGGCUUGGGGCUGUAGCAACAACUGGCUUCUGCACAAUCAACCCACUGGACCAUGGGAUAACCCAGACUGGCCAGGAAGACGGCCAAAGUUAACUGGUCUGACUGAGACAUGGUCCAGUUAUUUCAGUCAUGGAGGCACAGCCUCCCACCAAGUCAUGCCAAUGCUGCUUUUAAACUCUUCUGAGAUUAAUGUGUUUUAACAGCCGAGCCUCUAAGGAAAGGGAAUAUAGACCCUAUUGUUCCUCCUCUCCCAAGGGAGCUGUUUCUUUCCCACAAAGCUGACAAUGGUACAACGCACAACCAAGAGAGAUGGAGAAUUUAGGUGGGCCUGAAGUAAGGCAAGAAGUGAAUGAAAUGAAAGAAAACAACCAGGAAAGUAGUGGCUUACCCCUAAAAAGAAAAAAAAAGGCUCAAAAGUGGGAGUGAGCAAAGCAAAACAAACCAAUGAAAAAUACAUAGCAGGAGCAGAUCAAAAGAUGAAAGAGCAGUGUUAUUUGAGAAUUCUUGGAUGGAUUCAACAUGUAAAUCAUUUCUCUUCCCCCUAUCUUGCCCAAGCUAGAAGUACAGCAGCCAUUAAAGGUCCCAAUACUUAUCUCAAUCUUAUCAACACAGAAGAUUUAACCCACUCCAUUUUUCCAGCAUGCCUAGUUUGCCCAACCUUAGGCAGCCUGGUGGGCCCCCCCGUCAGGGGCCCCCCAUAUUGAUGCAUCACGUAGUUGGGACACCAGAUUAGGCUAUACAUUAUAGCAAUCCACCAGCCUCAAUCUCUCCAACUGCAAGGAUUAUAGGUAUGCACCACCACUUUGGGCUCAAAUCAUUCCCUUUCCAUAGAAAAAAAAUAAGAUCAUUUGGAAGCCUCUUCAUUGUUGAAUAUUAUUAAUUGUCUCUCUUCAAUGCCCAGAGAGUAAUUUGCUCUAACGUGAGUACACUCUCCAUAUAAAUGUCUAAAUGCAAGCUGCCUCUAUGUUUUAUACACUAAGGAAAGGUUUGUGUAGUGUACAAGAAUACCAACCUGGGAGCUUGGAUCCUCUGCUAUGAAAAUUCAGUCAGAAAUCUACCAGGACUAGAAGGGUCUGAGAAUCAAAAUGCAUCAUGUAACAGAAACCCAACAGAGAGUCUAAUGGGAAAGUAAAGAUGAGAAAGCUGUUUUAUAAGAGCAAAAGCAGCCCUUUUUCAAUCCCAGACAGGAAGCACGACUGCCUGUGAGAAACCAGUGUAGUAGACCACCCAAAGUAGCAGGAGGACUCACAGACCAUUGGUCCCAAGAUAAAAUGACACGACUAAAUUCAAAGCACAAGAAAGGGGUAUUGCUAACAGCAUCCCAAUAUGCUUCCAAACACAGCUGGGCUAAGUCUACUUCCAGCCACACAUGCACUCAGAAACAGGUUAUGCUUUGGCCUGUCCAGAUUGUAGAGUCAAUUCCAACAAUCAAUGCUUUCCAGUAACAAUCACUGUAUAUGGCAGCCAUGUCCUCAAGGCCACAGUGGAAGAGGGCAGGACAAUAGCCUGAGGAACGUAUGGGGAUUGUCCUCAGUCUGUGUCUAAGAUUUUUUUUUCAAUAAAAUUCUUAGAUCCUAUGUAACCAACUAUCUCCCUCAACAUGUGGGUUUCACAGAUACUAGAAGUUAGGCUUUCUUACCUAGCCCCUUCAUCUCUUUCUCUCACUUAGAUCUACUUUUUCCAGUUUCAAGAGCUGCUCAUAGACCUCCUGUCCCUAUUUCACUUCUAAAUCCCCAUUUAGCCCUAAUCAGGCUACAACCAAGCCAGACCUCUGCCCUAUCUAAAGCCUCAUAUAGUCCAUACAUUUAGUGGGCUCUCAAUAUUAAUGGAGUUACAAACAAAUAAGCAAUUUACAAAUAUUAAUGGACAGGAGGGGGGAAAAAAGGAGAUACAACUUUCAGGUAGCACUGAUUUCUGGACAAUCUGUCCUGGAUCAAAACCCCACUGGCAGCAAGAAUUCUGAAUGUAUAGGGACACCUACCUAGGCCUCAGGUUUGGCAGUUUGACCAUAGGUGUAUAUAGCUUCCAAGCCAGGUAUGCCGGCACAUCUGGCCUAUAAUCCGUACAUGCCUAUGAGUUUAACUCUAAGGCCAGACCUGAUUAGAAUUUAAAAUUCACUUAAGAAAAAGGAAAAUAAUUUUUUUAAAAAAUCACCUGUCCCAGCAGUCUUAAUCAUGGCUAAGCUCUGUAAACUGUAUUGUGAAGAACUUGAACUGUUUACUUUGAAUAUGUGAUCACCGCUGCCUCCAUCUUUCUUUUUACACAAGAAUUAUUGGAUAUUACAUGAUAGAUUUAUUAUGUGAAAGUACAUGCAUCCUGUAGGACUGUACAUAAUGUACUGCUGUCCAUAGAUCCUAUGGGAAAUUAGUGAUGGUCCCAGAUUUAUAUUGGGACAAAUUCCAGUUGGGAAAUUCCACAGGGUGUCUCGAAGCACAAUUAGCCGGGCACUGAGUAACCAUUUGACUUUUUCUAAAUUUGAAUUUUCCUACUUUCUUCUAUAUGUCCAUCUGGGCAUGAUAAUAUCUGAUCACAAACACCACUUUUGUGUAAGACCAAGGUUUUCAAACAUUUCAGAUCUCUCAUGGGAAUACUACACCUCUGUCCAUCUGGACCAAUUGGCAAAUUUCAAAUAUUGUUCAAACAAAUUUUAUCAGGCUUCUGAGGCUUUCUUUUUUGCUUGUGUUUUAAGGUGCCUUCCUCAUUUCCCUUUGAUUCCCACAGAGGUCAAACCAUUCUAAAUCUGCAAUAGGAGAAAGUGAAUGGAAAGGAGAAACUUGGGCCCAGAAAGCCCAAUUCUCUGGCCAGUUAGUGAGGAAGAACUAUGACUUAUGAUGAGAAUUGGGCAGAGGGCAACUAAACUGAUGAGUUUGCCCUUAGGCCUUCCUUUCAUUUAACAGGAACAAGAAAAGGUCAUUCACAUUAAUUUAUCUCACAAAAGUUGGUAUUUUUGCCUUAAUAACAUGCUUGUGUUCUCUUAAGAGUAACUUAAUUUAUUUAAUAUAAUUGUGUGCACUUCAAUGAGCAUUUCUAAAAUUCAUGUAUGACAAUGGAAUUGUCUUUUUCUCAAAAACAAAUAAAUCAGGAAUAUCACAACCGAUUCAGGUGACUGUUGAAAUCUAGUUGCCUUCUUCACUAUCAUUUAAGGGUCAAUGUUGGUUUGCUUUUUUAAUGGAAGCAUUUAAAGAUAUCUCUACAACCAGUUUGACAAGGUUUUCUGCUAAACUGACUGGAUGGUUGGUUAAAUUCACUGGUUAUUUCAAUCUAACUACACAUGAAUUCUGUUUUUGUUUUUGAGACUGGAUCUCUCUGUCACACCUGUGGGCAACUUUAUACUAGCCAAUCCCACAAUGGUUGGUCAGAGAGCUUUGACCACUCCCAUUUUUGACCAGUGCCCCACCCCUACCUCAGGACUCUCCUCAUUAAUGGUGAACUUAAUGUGUUCACCAGAUUGGCUUAGCUCCUAGCAGCUCAGAGCUCAAGAAAUCUAGUAAGCUCAGCCUCCCUGGAUUGUAGGCCACCAUGCCUGGCCACAUAGACACAGUCUUAAAGAAUAUUGUCUGGCAGUUGAUUCAUCUGAUAAGAUGUAUUACAAUGUAGUGAAGAGAACCAGCCUUGGAAUCAGGACAACCUGGGUUCAAGUCCUUCUGUGUGACCAUGGACAAAUAACAAGACUAUAAAUUACAGAAGAAUAGCCACUCUGCAUUCAUACAGGGACGCUGCACACAGAUAAAAUCAGUUCUCUCUCCAAAUCCCAACAAAAACAGUCAAUUCACUAAGUUUUUGGGGGUCAUGAAAGUAUUUUUAAGGCAAGCAUUUUUUUUUAUUUUGCAACAAAAUUGUAUUAGUUUAAAAUUAAACAUAUUUUAUUCACCCGCUGGCAAGAAGUCUAUUUUGAAAUUCUUCAUGGUAAUAGUAUUUGCUGAGCACAUGAACCAUUAGGUCUUAAAUGUCUUCCCACUACCCCUUUAUGCCUCCCUAUUUUUUCCCUUCUCCCCCAAGUCCCUAUAACAGCACCUAAUAGGCAGUAAAGGGCCUUUAAGAUGCUUACUCUGAUAGUUAAGCACCACCUGUUUACAAAAAUUGAAGAACUUAAGGGGAGAAAACAUGAUUUAGGGCAAAGUACAAAAGAUAUGAAGCCAAAAAGCCUAGAUUCAUUUACUUUCUGGUUUAUUAACACACAGGUAUUAAUACCUGGGUAUCUUUGGAUGAGUUGACUUACCUUCUCUGGACUUAGGUUCUUCUCUGUAAAAUAAGGGUUUGGACUAUAUUGCCUCUGAAGUCACUUUCCAGCUCAAAAUCUAUGACUCAAAGGCAUCUGUAUGUAUCUGUACAUUAUUCUUUCCUUCUUUUAAUAUCAUUUUCUUCAUUGCGAUUAUAAAUGUAGUGAUUCUUUCAUAUUGAACACAGUUCUGCCAUAAGACAGAAUCCAAGAGCUGAAAAUUCAGAUUUAUCAACAACUUUAUCAAAUUUAUCAUCAUAAUAUCAUCUUAAAGUAAUAUUAAUUAUUAUUUUGCACUCAAGCAGUGUCCUUCUCUGGAUGGAUAUAUAAUAAGCAUGAACUAACACCGGUUUCUUCAGCACCCUUAAGAUGCAAUAAUUCGUCUUGUUAUGCCUAUUUUGCAUUACCCCAUAGAAGCAAAUCUUAAAGUUGCAAAAAAGGUUCGGACCUGCAUUAGUAGAGGGAGUUUCCUUAUCCAGCAGUUCUCUAAGCCAGUAAUUCUCAUAGUAUAUAGUCCAAGGACAUCUGGGAGUCUCUGAGACCCUUCCAGGAGGUCCAUGAAAUCAACUUUUGCUAAUAAUGUUUUACUGAUAAUUUUGCUAAUAAUACUAAGGCUUAUUAAUUUCUAAUAUAGUAACUAUCAAUAGAUAUAAGCCCCAUAAACAAAAGCUCUUGGAUUGAUCUUCAAUACUUUUUGAGAGUGUAAAGGAGUCCUAAGGCCAAAAAGUUUGAGAUCUGCUGCUCUGUGCCAAUGAAGUCACAGAGCCAUAUUCCUUAUUCAUCUAUCCCUGUCUAAUAAACAGGAAAGGAGGGAGGGGAGAACGGAAAGAGGAAGAGAAAGAAGAAAAAGAGAGAAAGAAAAAAAAGAAGGGAAGGAAGAAGGAAGGAAAGAAAGGUAAUAAGAUUUGAUCAUUCUCAAAAUCCUAGGGGAAAUAUGGCAAAGAGCCAAAAGCUAGGGGACAAGCUUAUUUACUGAUAGAUAACCCUCAUGGGACCAGCCCUCCUUACUCUAAUGCUAUUAUAUUUUCUCCUUCCUCUAAUGGGCUCCUAUUAUCUCUGGGGUAGGUCCUCCUAUCUUUUACCUGAGAGGCAAUCUAUAACUAAUAGAAAAUAUUUAGGAUAUAGUUUUAGGUGAAAGAAGUGGAGGAUGCUGAGAGAUAUUUUUGUUUUGAUAGACAUAUAUUGAAUGUGAAGGUGAUAAUCCUGCUACUUCCUUAAAGGCAACAAAUACAGAACUAAAUUAUGAGUUACUCAUGACAUCACAUAACUUUAAAAACAAUGCAAAAUGAAAAAAAUAAACAGGAACAACCUGGAGAAGGAGAAAUAUUCUGAGGUAGGCAAUAUUCAAGAGCACAGGGCUUGGAGUCAGAAAGUUUUGUUGUUGUUCUUUUGUUUUCAGUUGCGUCCGACUC